CUUCACUCAGCAGCAGCAGCAGCCUCUCCUCAGAGAUGGAGAGCUGGUAGAAGUGCAGCAGCAGCGGCCGCUCUCCCCUCCUCGCUCCGGUGGAUGUUGGAUGUACCAUGAGGUCUCCGCGGCUCUGGGCAGCUCUCUGCCUCCUCCUCACCGUCUCCUGCCGGCUGUGCGCGGCCGCCCGACACGGCUGCUUGUUUGAGAAGAAGCUCUGUCCCAGAGAUCAGCCGUGCACCGACGACGGAUUGUUCGGUCAGUGCCAGACUCCUCACCAGGAGCCCGUCCAGUACCAGGUGUCUGUCCCCGUCCUGCACAGGCUGCAGGAAGUCCUCAAAGACCUGAUGGUGCAAGGUCUGACCUGGAGGGACGGCGUCACGCAGGCCAUCAUCGGCCGAGAGCUGAGUCGCGUCCCCACUGUCGGCUCCAAACUUCAUGAGAAGUCUCCAAACCAGAUGUCCAGACUGUCGGGCCCCAGGAUGUCCAGACUGUCGGGCCCCAGUCAGCGGAGGGUUCAGGGGCCCGAGGAUCCAGCUGACCCCGGGAUGAUGAAGCAGUACGUGGACUACCUGGUCCUCGACCCCUCCCAGUCCUCCGUUCACAUGCAGACGCCCCUGCUGGACCCUUACACCUACCACCAGCAGCAGUACGGCUACCAGGAGGAAGAGGAGCGCUCCCUCAACUCUCUGGACGAUAAUCCAGCCUUCGCCUCCCCUUCUCGAUCCAAAUCCCAAGGAAACCCUCUGGACAGAGACCGGCAGCUUCUCCAGGACCUGGUGUCUUUUUACCUCACCUCCCCCUCUUCCUCCUCUUCCUCCCCUGUGCAGUCCCUCUCCCACCACAGAGGGGCGGUACCAGCAGCUGCAGGAUUCCCCUCUUCACUGUCCUCCUCCUCCUCCUCCUCCUCCUCCUUCUUCCCAGACCUGGACUUCCCCUUGGACUACAGCGAGGACUACGUUUCCCAGGUGGCUCAGCUCAGCAAGCAGCAGCAGCAGCAGCAGCAGCAGCAGGAGAGGAAGGAGCAGGAAGAGUACGACGCCCUGUCAGGACUGGAUGAGCACUCUCUGCAGAGGCUGGCUCUGCUGCUCGACCACUACGGCCUCGACGUCAACGACUUGUCCCCCGAGCAGAGAGACGACCUGCCGGCCGCUCUGAAGCAGCUGCAGCUGGAGAACUCCUUCGCCCGCAAGCAGACCGAAGAUGAGUAUGAGAGCAAUGCUGCCACAAGAAAGAAGGUCACAGAGGGUUCAAUGGCAUUCAAGAUGGCCGCCCCUGAGGCUCCACCUUCCACCGUCAAGACCCCCAAACCAGAAGCAGCCCAGAAAGAUUCGCCUCCCUCUGUGGCAGCCGACCAGGGCGACCUGAGGACGGCCAAGGCGGAGGAGUACGGCUUCAUCACCACCAAUCAGAGCCCCCUCAGUCUGAACGACGGGCUGAGUCUGUUGAAGCUGCUGUCGGAGAGGAUGGGCCUCUCCACCGACUCCUUCAUCAACAUCAGUGUUGUCGGACCUGCGAUCACCUUCAGGAUCAGACCGAACUCCAAGAACCUGACGGCUGAAGACGUGGCAGAGAAAGCCGUUGCAGAGAAGAACUUCCCGGAGUCUGAGACGGGCCUGAAGGUGCUGCAGAGCGGAGUUGGAGAGAGGAAUGAUGGGAAGGCGUUGCCCCUCGCGACCCGAGUCCAGCCCAGAGGCUCCAGCUGGGUGUUCGCCACCCUGGUGGCCAUGGCCUGCAUGGGCAGCAUCCUGGUGGCGGCCAUGACCAUCGCCUGCCUGCGUACCCACGCCCACCGGCUGGCGGCAAAGAAGCUGGGUCUGGGACCCGAGGGGGGCAGUUUCACCCACCAGGAGUACCAGGACCUGUGUCGCCAGCACAUGUCCUCCAAAGGCGCCUUCGGACGGCUGGAAGCUGCUGCCCUCGGCGCCGUGGGAGGAGCUAGCGGAGGAGGAGGAGGUGCAGGAGGAGGAGGAGGUGCAGGAGGAGGAGGGGGUGCUGGUGUCGUAGGUGGAGGAGCAGGAGGCGGAGGUACCGACUCCAGGGUGAGCAGCGUGUCGUCCCAGUUCAGCGACGGAGCCCAGCCCAGUCCGAGCUCCCACGGCAGCACGCCGUCGUGGUGCGAGGAGCCGGCCCAGGCCAACAUGGACAUCUCCACCGGUCACAUGAUCCUGGCCUACAUGGAGGACCACCUGAGGAACAAGGACCGUCUGAUGAAGGAGUGGGAGGCUCUGUGCUCCUACCAGGCCGAGCCCAGCGUCGUCUCCGUGGCUCAGAGCGACGCCAACGCCAAGAAGAACCGCUGCCCCGACUCUGUACCCUAUGACCACUCGAGGGUGAAGCUGAAAGCGGAGAUCAACCCUUCCCGCUCUGACUACAUCAAUGGCAGCACCAUAGUAAGUAUGUAAGGCUAAUGAUCACCACGGUCAACCGCGUGGUUGCUCAAAGACUGGCAGUAACUAAAACAUAUCAUACUUCAGUCUG